AUGGCUGAUUCUCCACCUGGACGUACUUAUCAGGUCACAUUUCCCUUGGGCUUCAGUCCUUCGGCAAUGCAAAAGCUGGCGCACGGAGAUGGAGAGCUUGGAACUUCCCGAGCAGCUGCUUCGAUGAACGUCGCAAUGUGCCUCUCGUCAUAUUCAAACACUGCCUUGGAGGAUGUGAUCAAGGUCGGUGCCAGUAAUCCAUACAUAAUUCAGAUGUGUGUCGUCAGAAAUCGCAACAUCACCGCACAGCUACUGAGGAGGGCCGAAGAUGCCGGCUUCAAAGCUAUAUUUGUUUCUGUCGACGUCCCCGUGCUUGGGAGGAGGUUAAACGAAAUGCGAAAUAAUUUUACCCUACCUGAAGAUCUUACUUUCCCCAAUAUACUCUCCUCCGGAAGCUCAGAAUUUUCAGAUGAAGGUGGCGACGGCAAUGACUAUGAUGCAUCGCUAGAAUGGUCGGAAAUCAUCCCUUGGUUGAAAAAGAACACGAAGAUGCAAGUCUGGCUGAAAGGGGUCCUAUCACCCGACGACGUAGAGCUUGCGAUCCACCAUAAAGUGGACGGCAUCGUCAUCUCAAACCAUGGAGGACGUCAACUCGACGGAGCGCCCUCAACGCUUGACGCUCUUCGCGAAUGCGCGCCGAUUGCUCGGGGUCGCAUCCAAAUCGCCGUGGAUGGCGGUAUACGACGUGGGUCAGACAUCUUCAAAGCCCUUGCCCUGGGCGCACAGCAUUGCUUUGUUGGCCGUAUCGCUAUAUGGGGACUGGCAUAUAACGGACAGGCUGGUGUGGAGUUGGCGCUGAAGACCUUGUUGUCGGAGUUCAAGGUCACCAUGGCACUAGCUGGUUGCAAGACUGUUGCUGAGAUAAGUGAACGCCAUAUCUCUGUGUUGAGGAAUGAUGGACUGCUUUGUAAGCUUUGA